CCGGGUAUUGGCGCGGCUGCCGCGGCUGGUUGCCAUGGUCUCGGAAACCCGGAAGUUCUGAGGGGAGGGGGUUCGAUCCAGGCCGGGCCCGGCGGACGCUGCCCCUCAGGCCGCCCUGUCCUCCCUCCCGCCUGGUGACAUGCACCUGCCGAGCCCGCUCCCCCGAAGCGGCGCCUGCGACCCAGCCACUGCCUGAGCUCCGCUCGCGCCAUGUCCCUGGCGACCAGCGAGGCGGCCACGGAGCGGGAGCUGGGAGAUGACAGUCUGUCUGCUGUAACCUACGAAUCUGACACAGAGAUGAAACAGAAGAAGAAAACGUCUCAAAAACCCCCAAAGUCACCAAAAUCUCCAUAUAUCUCCAGCACAUACCUGUAUCCUAAAAAGGCUGCAGUUUGGAGGUCCUUGAAGGGAACAGGGAGGUCCUUGAAGGAGAACCCAAUGGUUAAAACACCAAGGCAGAUGUGGCUAGGAUCUCUGAAGCAAGCUGGUAUGAGCCAGCCCCUGAAAUCAGACUUUGAUGUGACGCAGGCACGGACUAACCUUUCCAGCAGCACUCCAGAAUAUCUAAAGGAAGCUCUAGGCAUGAAAAAGCCAAAGCAUGCUCGUUCUUCUAGCAAUGGCUACAUCCCUGGAACACCUGACUACAAAGAAAAGGAAGAUAUGUAUGAUGAGAUUAUUGAACUGAAGAAGACAAUACAGGCUCAGAAAAGCGAGGGGGAUAGGAUGAAAACAAAGAUCCGACGACUGGAGGAGGAGAAUAACAGGAAGGAUCGACAAAUUGAGCAGCUGUUGGAUCCUUCCAGGGGCUCUGAUUUUGCCCAGACUUUGGCGGAGAAGAACAAUACUAAAUGGGUAAUCAAUGGACUGAAGCAGAAGAUUCUCAAGCUGGAACAGCAAUGCAAAGAGAAAGACAACACUAUCAACAAAUUCCAGACACAAGUGAAGACCACUAAUUUGGAAGAGAUGAGGAUUGCUAUGGAGACCUACUAUGAGGAGGUACAUCUGAUUCAUCGUCUCCAAACUCUGCUGGCAAAAUCUGAGGAUGUGGGGAAAAAAUCCGUUCCAGAGAACAGAGAAUCCCAGAAACAGCUGAAGGUGCUGAAUGCUGCUGUUCUGCGAUUAUCCAAGAACAUCAAGGAGCUACAGGAUGAAAAUAAGAGCCUGAAAGCAGAUCUAGACCAAGUGCUGAGCAGUUCCCCUGCUUCCAGCAAAACAAAAAAUUACAAUGAGUGGAGCAGACAGAGGCUGGUGAGACGGAUUUCAGAACUGGAAAAAGAAGUACAUGAGAUGGAGAACAACAGAUUGCAGUCAUCAGCUAAUGGUACAUCACCACUGCUUGCUCUGCCACCUUCAGCUUCUGUACAGCUGGAUCAGCCAGCCACUCAAGAACCUGAUCCCCUUGAAGAAUGUGAGCGUCUCCGAGGGUUGGUGAAGAAACUGAAAGGUGAUAGGAGUGCACUUCAAAAUCAACUGGCCAGUAAAUAUUCAGAGGUGAAGCAAUUACAGCAAGCAAAGACUGAAUUGGAGAGGAAGCUGCAAAAGCUGCAGGAGAUGGAGAAAGAAAAGAGUGAAAAACAGGAGACUUUGAGGGAGGAAAUCCAGAGUCUUACACAGAAAGUGAGAGAACUGGAGGUGGAACUACAUGAAGACAAGAGACAAACUGCAGAUGAUACCAUGGAAACGCCAAACAAGCCUUCAUUUGCCUGCUUUCAAGAGGGCAAAGAAGACGACAGGAAGGAGCAAGCAGCCAAACUCAUCCAGAGCCACUGGAAGGCAUACAGAAACAAGAAAGAAGAAAUUGCUCUGGAUCAGGCGGCUGUUGUGAUUCAGGCAGCUUUCAGAGGACAUUUAGCUCGGCAGAAAUUGUUACCGAGUAACACACUCGGUCGAAAAUCUCCCACCGUGCAUAGCCUUGGAAAUAAGGACCCCAACAUGUCUCACGGGUCCAGCUCUUUGAGUUUGUCUUCUGACUUCAAGGAGGAAGAAGAGGUUGUGACAUUCAUCCAGUCAGUUUUCAGGGCUCACUUAGCACGUAAAGGACAGCAUGAGGAAAGGCCCUCUGUCUCCAGAGCUUCAAGUGAAAGAACAUUCCCUGCUGUUUCCAAUAGGAAGAAGAAACAAAUCUCACCAGCACUCAGGAAACCUUUCCCUUCAGCCUUCACAUCAACCUCUCUUGAUGAUGAAGACAGUGAAGUGACCAGUGAAGAAGUUGUGGAAGAACUUACUGCUGAAGGGAGAGAGAGGAGAUCAAGAGAACACAAACUUUCCUCCUUGCAGCCCUCUUCUGUCAUGUCCUCCCAGAACCAGUUGCAGCCCACACUCUCUCCGCAUUCGGAUGAGGCUCACUCAGACGAUUCGGAUGAUAGUGUAGUCUCUCCAUCGCUGCUGGUGAAGAAAAAUUACUCCCACUUCUAGGUUCGCGGGGGUUCUUCUCAUUCCCUUUUACAGGCCUGGCUCACAAACGAAAGAAAAUGUUUUCUUCUUUCUGGCAAGAUAAAGCAAGUAGAGGGUUAAAAGGGGCAAUGUCACCUUAAAGCCAUUGGUAUUUCAGCCAUGAAAAAUCAUUCUGUUUUAUAUAACCUCUCUACUGACUGUGUCUCUCUAACCUCAUUACUGUAUUUCUUUCCUGUUCUUAUUAUAUUGAGAGUGUGGGAGUUAAACUGUUCAAUAGUUCGCAAAAAGAAAAGGAGUACUUGUGGCACCUAAGAGACUAACCAAUUUAUUUGAGCAAAGCUUGUGCUCAAAUAAAUUGGUUAGUCUCUAAGGUGCCACAAGUACUCCUUUUUUUUUUGCGAAUACAGACUAACACGGCUGUUACUCUGAAACCUGUUCAAUAGUUGUGCAUCAGCAGGAUCUUUACAGUUCUGUUGAUGUAUGUAUAAUGCUUCACAGUCAGGAAAGAAGAGAAGGUCCUUUCCCUAAAGAGUUUACAAUCUAGAGGCCCAAUCCUGCAACUCUUACUUGACCAGUUUUUACUCUUGUGAGUAGUCCCAUUGACUUUAAUGUAGAGUAGAUGUGGGUACAAGAGAUGAAGAUAGAUAGAGGAAGGAACUGCACACAUUGGGCAAAAGGAUGCACGCAUGGUGUUCUGAACGCAUGUUUGUGACCAUCAGCUUGUGUGUGCUAAGUGAAACCAUGCCAUAAGAUCUGCUCUAUUUAUUGAAUAGCUACUUAAUUUUAAUUUUUUGUGCUAAAUAUAUCCAUUAUGUUGCAGAACUUAGUUUAAGGCUCUUAGAAAGCUCUCUCUGUCAUAAGUGUAUUAUGCCAUACAUGUGUUGGCAGUUGAACUUAAAUUAUUGCAUUUACCAAGUAUGUAUUUUCUAGUACAGAUUGUGUACUGUACUGUAUGUGAAAUAUGUAACCAUGUAAACCAUUGCAUUUACUAUAAUGGUAUCCAUGGAGAGAAUGCAUAAUGAUGGGGAGUGGUGUGUGAGGGAUGCCUUCGUGUUUAUGAUAUGUAAGUGGAGCAAAGCAGACCCAUCAGUGGAUUAUGCAGGGUUAUCUUUUAAUAUGUGAAAAUAUUUCACAGAGGAAAUACACUGUUAUGUGUUCUGUUUUAGCUUACUGUACUUUUCAAUGUCUGAAAUGUCAUCUAUACAGAUGGAUCAAUCUGCCGAACACUACUGUAUUUUAAAAUCUGAUAUUAUUUUUCCCCCCAUAUGUCAUCUUCUGUCUGAGGUUCUCAACAUGAUUUAUAAACAUUAAUGAAUUUUGCACCCCUGUGAAGGAGGUAAAGAUUAUUAUCAAGAAAUUGUGGCACAGAGUGGUUAAGUGACCUACCCAAGGCCACGCGGGAAAUCUGUUGCUCUUUUGAUUCUCAGUCCGCUACCUAACCUUGUCCCACCUUUCCUCCACAGUGGCAGAGAAGUGAGCUGUCAAUAACUCACAGGACUGCUUAAACAAAAGUGCAAUUUGUGGGGAGUGAAAAGGAAUAUUGCAUUCUAAUGCUGACUGUUACUAAAGAAAAUAUACUUUUAAAUGUUCCUUCAUUCAGUGUUGAUUGAGCAGGAGUGCAAAUAGAUGUCGCAUACAUCAGAAAGCAAUAGCAUGUUUCAAUUCUGUAAAUAUGUUCAGUAACUCAAUAGGAUUCUUAGGGAGUCCACCCAUUCUCCUGAGUAGAGGGCUAGCACUGCAUUUAGCAGCUGCUUGCUAAGGAUGUCAUCAAGGAGUUCUUGAGUCCCUUGUACACCCAAACUACACUUCUAGGUAUAAGAUUUUUAUCACAUUCUCUCCCUCCUUCUCUUUUUUUUUAAAUUAAAAGUCAGUCAGCAUUGUUAUGCUGAAUACUAAUAAGUCGGUUCUUCAUUGCAAUCAGGGGACUGAGACUGUGCUUUAUCUGAGGUUUAUCGUAGUUCGUGCCAGUACUUGCAGCCAAAGAGGAAACUGGAUGGCUGCAGCACAAUGCAGCUGAUUUCAUUUAAUUCCAUCAGUGGAAAUGUUGUCUGUACUAUUUCUAGAGGCAGUUGUUGGGAGCUCUCCAUACCCAAUGUAGUCUGUGGAAUGUCAUUUACACUCCCAUUGGAUAGGGUAUUCCACUGUUACUGCAGUCACGUGAUUAUCAUGGGGGGGGAGGGAGAGAGGAGAAAAGCAAUUCUCUUGGCCAAAGCUAAAAGAAGACGUUUUCCUUCUUUUCUGAAACAGUCACAUAAACUAUGAGAGAGAUUGUCAGUUAGUUAAAAUGGUGGUAGGUCUGUAAAAGUUGCUUAUGUCCAAAAUUUUAGAUCUUAAACUGUGGUUAAGUGUCAUGGAUAUGCCUCUAGAGACUAGAAAGAGCUCAGGGCUCUGACAGGUUAAGGGGAUAGUGUGUGGUACAUGGCAUGUGCUAGGGCUAAGACUGGACCAGAAUGGCUUCCCAGCCUCUACUCUGUGUGGAAAUACUUGGAUGGUGAAUAUAAUGGAUAGAAUACUCUCUUAAAAUAGUAGGCAGUAAUAAAGAGCUAUUAACAAAGCAUUAGGAACCAGAUACAGAGCAGAGAGGCUUUCAUUUUCACUAAGCAGUGAAUCGUUUUAAAAAGGAUAUUUGUGGUCAGUAAUAGCAUCAGCAGACAAGUUCCAGGACAGAGUAGAGGGAAUAUCUCUCUGAGGCACAGAGUGAGUUCGGGGUAAAGGGGACACAAUUUUGUGUGGGGUAGGACAAAUCAAAAUGUGUCUGGAGGGAAACUAAUUCAAAGUUUGAAAUCUGAGCUGUCAAAAAAAUGAUGUUCCCUUGAGUACUGCACUCCUGCUCACCUCUUAGUUUGGAAAGUAACUGCACUCAUUUUAUAUCAUAGCCCUGACCUGAUAUGGGCAGAAGGGAAAAACCUACAAUAUUAGUAGCUUUUAAUGUUGCUUUAUUUUAUUUAUUAAAGGAAUACAUUGAAAGCAAUAUAUAAAUACUGACUAACGUUGCGAGCUUUAUUUUAUUCCUAUCUGUCUCUGAGUGUCAGUAACAAAAAGCUGAGACGAGGCUUGAAGGAAGAAAUACUCUCAAAGUAGAUCACAGCACUACAUCCUCUUUCUCCCCCUAAACCCACCAUGGAGAUCAGGAAAUGAAAAUCAGCGUAGCUCAGACCUGUCUAGACACAGCUCCUGUAAAAACUCAUUCAGGUUCUGAGAAAUAAAUGUUCGCUGCAGAAGGCACUGAUAACCUCGCAAGGGCUUCAAGGCCUGAAUGAAAAUUAAACUCCAUUAUAACCUAUCUAAUCUAAUUGCAAAUUUUCCAUUUUGCUUUUGUAGAAGUGCUCUCUGUGCCAGUGUUGCCCAUUUUAAAUCUACUGGAAGACAAAAUGGACAUUAGUGUGUGUGUGUGUGUGUGUGUGUGAAUGUGAGAGAGUGCAUUUGCGUGUGUUUAGUCAGAAUACAACUUUCUUGAGACUACAUCUCCUCCAUUCUCUUCUUGGUCCUGAAGUGCCUAUGCUUGUUAAUACAUUUUAAAUGUGGCAUCCACGCCUGAUAUGUUUAUUGUGUUCUGCAUAGAAUUAAAAAAAGAAUUCCAGACAAAAAUGAGUUUUUAAUGUAGAUUAAAUGUAAAUGUAUUAACCUUGGAACACUAGGAAGAGACAAUAUAUUUUAUGAUCUUUUUAAUAUUUUAUUUAGAAUUGUGAAAAUGUUGUACAUAAUUUAUACUGAGAUCUUUUGGAUUUAAAAUCAAUUACUAUAUAUUAUCCUCUAAUUAUUGAACUUUAUAAAUAAAGUUUAUGUUUAUAAAUUAAUUGUUCAUGAAUAAUUGCAUCAGAAAUUGCCUCUGAUUGUGUUAUUACCCUGACUUAUACUGCAUUAAAGAUGUGGUCACUAUAUU